AUGGUUAGCGAGUUUUGAGGAUAAGAAUGUGUAAAAAGGGCUUGAGCAGUAGGUUUAGGUUUAGGAUGGAUCGAUUGGAUCCCCGUAAAGAGCCAAGGCGUGAUACUCUUCUGCUAAGCGUGACCUGAACCUUCCUCUAUAAGCUGGACGCCAGCGGGGUUUGCUCCAAAAGCUCGGUAUGUCCGGCGUGGCCUAUCCUCAAACGGGUUCACGAUCUCUUCCUCGCGUGUCAGAAAAGCUCAGUCGCGCCCUUGUCACGCAAGUACUCAGACCCCCUGAUGUUAACGAUCAUUGUAAAUAGUCAUAUGUACAUACCUGAACUAUGUUUGAUUUAACAUGUAAAACGGAAAAAUGACAUUGAAAGCUUAUUUUAUAACAGGCGUAAUCAAAAAUAUUGUUUAAUUUUACAUUUAAAGUAAAAAAGAGCAGUUAGACAUUUUCGGUUUUGGAUAAAACACCGCGUAUCCGGCAAAAGUGAAAGAGUGAUAAACCAUUAAACUUUAACUAUCGAUUAAUAAUUAUGAUGUAAAUUAUUUACUUAGAAAAUAUUGUUGAAGCAGCAGUAAAGAUGGGUUAGAGAAUCGUUUUGAAAGGAAAAUAUAUCGAUAUUUAUCUGUAUCACUGGGAUAUCGGUAUCGGUGCGUUGUGAAUUGUGAUUAAUAACAAAUCGCCUGAAGAUGUCUGCACACGGUUGAGAUAUUUCAACAGUUCUCAGUAGGAUGUCUGGCUACCGUAGAGUCAGUUUUUACGAGCUGUGCCGCCUCUGCACGACGAACGAAGGUGUCAAAGUGCCGAUAUUCGACGGCGAAGGGCGCAGAAGGCAGAUCGAGACGAAGCUGCAGAUCUGUUUACGACUCCAGGUAUCGGAGGUCGACUCGUUGCCAAAACACAUCUGCGAACCUUGUUUGGAGAGGCUGGAGGGUUAUUUCGACUUCAGGGCGAACUGUGUCAGCGCGGAGAUGAUGCUGCAGAGCUACGCGUCCGCUCUCCAGCAUAACGAAGAUUUCAAGAGAGAUGGAACGGUUUAUGUGAAGGACAACGUCGAAUUACCAAAUUUGCAGAUGGCAUUGCAAAACCAAGAGCUUUGUACAUUCAACUUCAAGAGCGAUAUGAACCAGGCUUCUCUUAUAGAAGGAAUUGUGUCUACUGAGGAGGCGACAAACGCUGCAGAAAUUGCUGAGGUGUCAAACUUUGACAAAAUAUCCUUUGAGCACAGCUACUCAAACAAGAGAAAAAUACAGUCGCAUGCGUCAAAAACCGAAUCGAAAGUCAACCCAGACCUCUAUACCAGAAUGAUCGUUGAUGAUUCAUUAAGGGAACAAAAAAUGAUUGUUGGAAGGAUGAAUUCAGUACAGGACACAUUAGAAGAUGAUAUCUCUGUCAAAACGGAGGAACAUAAAACCAACAACUCUGAACAUUUAACUGGAGAAUUAAUAGACCAUGCUGAAGAAGAAUGUUUGGAAAUGAUUGGAUUAAAUGAAAAGGAAGAAGAGAGAAGAAUUUGCAGACUUGAGCCAUGCAGCAGUGACGGUAUCGAAUUGGGCAUAGUGGCUUCGUCUGAAUUUGUCUGCAGGACUUGCACGAAGUGUUUCAAGAGGAAAGAACAUCUAAAUCAACACGUUAAAUCCCAUUCCGUUGAUAGGCCGUUUAAAUGCCGGAGUUGCUCUAGGUCAUUCAACAGGAAAGAACACAUGAUGAGACACGAGCUAUGUCACACGGGCCAAAAAGAAUACAUUUGCGACAUAUGCCUUAAAACAUUCAGUCGAAAAGACAAUGUGAGAAAGCACCGUAGGACGCACGAACCGUCCGGUCCGUACACGUGCGAGUAUUGCGGUAAGGAGUUUGUCAUCAAACCUUACUACAUCAUGCACCGAAACGCCCACAUCACGAAUGGCGAGACCCCUUUAGAACUCCAGUUCCAAUGUAAUAUAUGCCAGAAACAAUUUGCAAAAAAAGAUCUAUUGACGCAACACCUGAAAAAGCAUAAAAUGACCAAAACGGAAACUUAUUCGGAAAGUGAUAAAUCUGAAUGCAAAUCUCAGAUGAUGGACAUCUUUGGUAGUGAUGCAAAAAUCAUGGUCAUCAAACCUAUCAGCUCAGGUUCAAAAUCUAUCAUAGAACAAGCAUUAAAACAGGCUGGCUAGUCUUAGAUGUUAGAUUACCUGUUAAUUUGUUUUUUAUUUUUUUAUUUAAAAGAAAUAUUUUAUUUUUAGCAUUUGUUUUUUACUGUAUUAGAUAUUGAAGUGAAUAUUAAGUUUAGUGUUUUAUGUCUUUUAUUUUAUUUUUUGAAAAACAAAGAGUUAGUAUGUUGCAAAAGCUUUGUGCUGAUUUCACAUGAUCUGCAUUGUCACACAAACUCUCCGGAAAGAGUUAAUAAGUUCUUCCAUUGUGUGCCUCUUAUUUUUUUUUCACAUUAUGUUCUGAAUAUUUAAAUUUCUGCUACAGGUAACGAUAUUAUUAAAAUCCACAUAAUUGUUGAUUUAUAAAGUAGGUCGUUGGCUAAACAAGAAAACAGCUAUUUGGUUGAGUUAUAACUGUGAUAUUCUUUUUUAGAAGAAUCUCUUUAGUUCAUAAUAAUCCACGUAAGCGACAUAUUUUCAAUAUGACAGUUGCAAAACCAAAUAAAAACUUGUAUCAAGACUGUGAGUAAAAUUGUAAAUUUACUCCUGCAUUACCAAAAAAAAAAAAAUUAUUAAUACCAAUUUGGAGUAUUGAGAAAUGGAUCCAAAACUCAAUAUUUUUAACAGAUUGCUAUAACUGCUUCUUUUACGAUCUAUAUAUUUCUUUGUAUUUAAUUUGGUCACCUAUUGCUAAGAAAGAUAUCUAAUAAUUUAAGUAACGAUUUUUCAAAAAUAAAUUUUUUUAUUAAUACCAAUUUG